AUUUAUUUCAACUUCUUCUGUCUUUGUUUUCAGUUGCCAGUUGCUCUUGCUGUGUUUGGAUAUGAAUGUGUCAAAUUGUACAAGGAAAGCAAGAAAAGAAGGAAAGCAGGGAAUCCAGAAUCAAUAUGUGAAGCUGCAAUUGAAUGGACCGUAACAAAUCUUGCAUUUUGUGCCCUUUGUGGCAUCUUAGGAGGCACUGUUGGGGGUUUGUUAGGUUCUGGUGGUGGAUUCGUUCUUGGUCCCCUACUCCUUGAAAUUGGUGUCAUCCCUCAGGUAGCUAGUGCAACAGCAACAUUUGUGAUGAUGUUUUCAUCUUCAUUAUCUGUGGUGGAGUUUUAUCUCCUCAAGAGGUUUCCAAUUCCCCAUGCUUUAUACCUCAUGACUGUGUCUAUUUUGGCUGGCUUCUGGGGACAAUUCUUCAUAAGGAAACUUAUCACAAUUCUAAGGAGGGCUUCCAUCAUUGUUUUUAUACUGUCUGGUGUUAUUUUUGCCAGUGCUUUAACAAUGGGAGCAAUUGGAGCAGAGAAAAGCAUAAGAAUGAUAAACAAUCAUGAAUUCAUGGGUUUUUUGGAUUUU